GCCGGUCAACGACUCGGGUCGACCAGUGUCACAAAGAAGAGACGAAAACCGCUCCUGUUCUCGUCCGCGGCCGAUUUCGAUCCGAUUAACUCGAGUGCGUUGAGUCAGAAACAACAGCAUUUGUUCAAAUCGCUCAGAACUGCAUUUGCGGAUGCGAUUCAUCACCAGCCCCCACCGGCACCACCCACUCUAUUCAAACAACCUCCACCCGGAUCGCACACCGAAGGGAAAGAUGAUCUCGCAUUUGAUAAAGUGUUUCCCAUCUAUUCCACACAGGUCAAAGUUGUCCUUCAUGUGCACCCGUCCGUCAAGUCCAGUGGUUCCGAGACCCCACCAUGCCUGACAGUGGAUCGCCGUCGAAAGCAAGUCGGUCUGAUCGACCCUAACCUGUCCCAAACCAUCUCGGCCACACAGCGUCGGGCCGGAGUUGGGGCACCGAAGUUCUUCUCCCUGGAUGCGGUAUUCACCGAGGAAGAUUCGUUGGCGGAACUAUGCUCGUUCGCUUUGACAGACAUUGUACAAGCUGUGGUGAACGGUUGUGACGGAUGUCUCAUUUCUUUGGGAAGUGGAAACUCAUACAAACCGCACAUCAGCACCGCGGCAACCACCACCACCACCACCACCGCCACGAUCACCACCAUGAUCGGUGAAGACAAACGCGGUCCUAUCGGAUUUGGUCUGCUUCCGUGCGCCAUUGCCUGGUUAUUUCGCCUGAUCUCAGAACAGAAAGAACGCACUGGAGCUCGAUUCUCUGUCCGAGUUUCCGCGGUCGAACUAGUCGGUGAGGAUGAGUCGUUGCGUGAUCUGCUCACAAGUGCUGCUCAAGCUUCCGAUGCGGCCGGGGCAAACGCUCCCAGUGUAUAUCUUCGUGAGGAUCCCAUAUCUGGAAUGCAACUGGAAAACCAGAGCGAACUUCGAGCACCAACUGCCGAGAAGGCCGCCUUUUUCCUGGACUGUGCUCUGGCUGCACAAACACAUCAAACGUGCCCCGAGAUCUCCAGUGCAGAUAUCGACGAAUCCGGUCCCGGUGAAUCGGAACAGUCCGUUCCCCGUGCGGAAGUUCCGUCGCAUUUGUUUUUCACCCUACACGUUUACCAGUAUCGAGUAGAGAAAAGCGGAUGCGGUUCAGGAGUUGCCGGAGGCCGUAGUCGAUUGCACUUGAUUGAUUUGCAUAAUAGCCGAUUGGGUAAAGAACAGAACGUCACUGUGGAUGAUGCUCCUCAGACCGCGGAUGAUCACGGUCCAGUCGCGGGCAAACCAGAAGUCCAGGACACCCAGGCAAUCCCCAGACAAACCACGACAAACGCCCUCACUACAAGUGCUAUCCAGUCUGUCAUAUUGGCCCUGAUCAAUGGUCAACGUCAUCUGCCUCAUCGGGACAGCAAACUGACUCAGUUGUUGCGUGAGGCCAUGGGUAGUGUGACUUGUCAGACGUGUCUUGUGGUUCAGACCACGUCCAGUGCUGCUCAGCACGCGGAGACGUUGCAAAUGCUCCAGUUCACACACAAAGUACAGCGGUUGCGCCGACGUCGAGCCUUGGUUCCCAAGGGCUCCGCAAUUUCUCAGGCAUGGUGUCAUGACUACAAUGGACAGAACGUGCAACACAGUUUCAUCGGUACCAAUCCGAACAAUACCAGUUCCGAGGAUAGUUCCUCAUGUGACAGUUUUGCUCUGCGUCGAGCCACACGGCUCCGAAUGCACAUGGGUUUACGUGCCGCUGUCCGACGAUCCGGUCUGUCUAAAGGAAUCGGAUCCCGGCACAAACCUGGUGGGACUACAUCAUCCGAGUUGGACUAUACGUCGAGUAGCGAGCAGUCCUGUGACACUGUGAUCUUCCUUGGCCGACACAACGGAACGGAUACACAUUUGGGCGGUGCUCGAUCGUCCCGAACCAGAAUGGCUCAAAUUGUGAGUGGAUCGGUUCCUGAGGCACAGUCGGAUCACAGUGACAACGAGAAGCAAACGCAACAUGCCAGUGGCGUUGGAGGUGAUCAGAAAUCCACUGGCUCGGUGGAACAUCCAGAUCUCGCGGACAGCAAACCUCACACCGGUCGAACACAUCGUCGUGGAAGUGUACCGUCAGCGGAUAACAGUGGCCCUCGUGGGCCCGACGUGAAAAAGACUCUGCCUCGAACCAAUGCGCACGCAUGGCCCCGCGCUGCCGCUCGGAAUGCGGUUGAAAUCCUGAGCACACAGAAAGAACAAUGGAUUGACGGACCGAAGGCAAAUUUCAAACCGGUCAAAUCGAGCGAAAGCGGAACUGCGCAACCCGAACUCGCUGUGGAUCAGACAAAUCGACCGAAUAUGGUGGACAAGGUUUGUACAAACUGUUCAGUAUUAGCAUUGAAACAUUGUACUGCGUGUUACAAAUAG